GCCUCACCCCUCUCCCACCCUCAUUUUCGGCCAAGAGAACCCAGGAAGAGCAAAGAACCACCCAGCCUCCUUCCUCCAUUGUUGAAGAGAGCUCAUCAAAGAAGAAUCACCCAAAAAAGAGCUAAAGUGCUAAAAGUGUGAAAUAAUUAAGGAACUUGUGAAAGGUAUUUCAAGUGAUUUCACAAAGUUGGAAAAGUCGCCGGAGUUGUCGCCGGAGUUGACCGAAAGUCGCCGGAGUUUCACCGGAGUUCAACCAAGAAGGGUAGAACUUCAUAACGCUAAUUCAAGGUUGAAGCUAGGGCUUGCUACUUGCACCUUCUCACGGGUGGUAUCAAAUCAGGAAGACGUGAAAGGGAGGGCAGGCGAAUGAGGACCAGGAACAAUCCGAGGGGGCAGGCGCCGGUAGCAUCCCAAAGGGGAAGCCGGGCUGCAUCUCGGGGUUCGAGAGGAGGCCGUGGAGGCCGUGGAAGCCGUGGAGGUCAUCAAGCUCAAACUGUGAGUGAUGGCCAUGUAAGCUCGGUGUAUGAAACCAACACCGAGGACUAUGACUCAACCUAUGUUCCUGAAACGGAGCAUGAGGAGACCCCAUAUGAUGGGGGUGACACAUACACCGAUGAUGAUGAUGAAGAGAGUGAUGCCAAGUUCGCCCAAAUGGGCGAAUUGCUUGAGUGGUAUCAAAAAGAAAAACUGAGGAGAGACCUUAGGCGCCAAGCAAGGCGUGGCUCUCGCGGUGGUUCGCGUCAAGGAAGCCGGGGAGCUUCAAGAGCCACUCCCGCGGCGCCACAUGAUGGGCGUGAAGGAGGCUUUUGUGUGAGAAUCUCCAAGUACCUCAAGGAGGCUAGGGCCUUGGGGUGUAAGUCCUUUGACGGCACCGGUGACAUUACCGUUGCCGCCGAUUGGAUAAAGAAGGUGAAGGAUGCGGCAAAGGACAUGCAAAUUUCACCGGACGUGAAGUUGACUGUUGCUUCACGGCUGCUUGAGGGGAUAGCUUCCACGUGGUGGGAGAGUGUGGAAGGAAAAUACCAUGGGGAGGUCUCAU